AUGGCCGCCAACGUUGACCUUGAGAAGCAAGCUACCCCAAACUCGUCCAAUGACAACCACACGUUCAGUCCAGAAGACGAGGCGCACCCGGUGUCCAAGGUGUACACGUCUGGGGAGAAUGACCAGUACAUCAUGAUUGGCCGCACAAAGGUGCUCCGCUCCGAGUUGUGGAAUGCCUUUGGAGGUGAUUUGCAACCAGGUAUCCACGCCACGCCACCACGUCGUUUUGCCAACCCAGCUCCGCUAGGGUUGUGCGCCUUUGCCUUGACAACAUUUGUUCUCUCGAUGGUUAACGCCAGAGCCAUGGGUAUCACUACUCCUAACAUUGUCGUUGGUUUGGCGCUCUUUUACGGUGGCUUUGUCCAGUUACUCGCUGGUAUGUGGGAGAUUGCCCUUGACAACACUUUUGGUGGUACUGCCUUGUCGUCGUACGGUGGUUUCUGGAUGAGUUAUGCUGCGAUUCAGAUUGACUGGUUUGGUAUCAAGAGCGCCUAUACCGACCCAAUUGAACUUGCCAACGCGGUUUCCUUCUUCUUGCUCGGCUGGACCAUUUUCACCUUUAUGAUUUUGCUCUGUACCGUCAAGUCCACCGUUUCCUUCUUCUCCUUGUUCUUUUUCUUAGAGAUCACCUUCUUGUUGUUGACGAUUGGUGAUUUCACACGUCGUGUUGGCGUUACUAGAGCUGGUGGUGUCUUUGGUGUUAUCACCGCAUUCAUCGCAUGGUACAAUGCCUUUGCUGGUAUUGCUACAAAGGAGAACAGUUACAUCACCAUCAAGGCAUGGCCUUUGCCAGGUGCAAAGCGUGCCUGA